AUGACAGGGUGGAACCAGAAAAUGGCCAAGAUGGCCUUUCGGCGCUCCAAGUUCCGCCGCCUCGCGUGGGGGGAUGGCGACCCGUACCCGUACACACCGCGGGCAACAUUCCGCUACCAGUGGGACGAUUGGCCGAUGUGGGAGAAGAUAUGGCACAUAGCAAUCGGUAUUGUAAGUGUGGAGUUCGCCGUGUGGGCCUACUACUCCAAGCUGAAUAGUCGAAUGGACUGGGCCAGAGAGGAGGCACUGCGUCGCAUGCGGUUGCGGCGUGAGGCGCAGGAGCUCAUGAUUCUAGAAGGGGAAACCUUUGAUAGUGACAUUCAACCAGACCGUAGGUAG